CUUGAGUUGUCCUGAUUUUGGCUCCAUGUUAUCAUUGCCAGUUUAAAUGUGAAAGCAGAGAGAGAGAAAAAAGGAGUCAGAGAAAGUUGCAUACGUCAUUCAUCGCCAAUUUCCUCGUCAGAAUAGUGAGCAGUGGGGGCAAAGGGCUCGAUGGUGCAGUAUUGACAACCCCCUAUAUAAGGAGCAGGAGGAACAGGCAUUGCACAGUGUUGCAGACAGAACUGACAGCAGCAAGAUGAACUACAGCUGGGAUUCUGUGGGUAUGUCCCCCCAUCGGAAGGUGUACACAGACCCUCAGGCUCGGACCCUGAGCUACUCCGUCCCUACCUUGCGCGCCCAGAACUGGUCCAGGACCAGCGGCCGCCUUAGCUCCGCCGGCAAGGGGGCGAGUGGCCGGGGCUUCAGCUCGGCAGCUCACAGGUCCUCGGAGAUGGUGGAACUCAGUCAGCCCCCCCUGUUCGCGAGUGAGGGCAAGGCGCGGGGCGCCAAUGAGAAGGAGCAGAUGCAGGGGCUGAAUGACCGCUUCGCCGGCUACAUCGACAAGGUCCGCCAGCUGGAACAGCACAACAAGGCUCUGGAGGCAGAGAUCACCGAGCUGAGGCAAAGGCAGACCUCCUCCAGCCGCCUGGCCAGCAUCUAUGAGCCAGAGAUCAGGGAACUCCGCCAGCUCAUCCAGGAGAUCGAGAACCAGAAGGGCCAGGUCUUGCUGGAGAGGGAGCACUUGGGGGAAGACCUGCAGCAGCUGCAGGCCAAGCUGGAGGAGGAGACGCGGGUUCGAGACGAGCUCCAGGCGAGCAUCGACAUGUGCAAGAAAGACACGGACGCCGCUCACUUGGUGAAACUGGAGCUGGAGAAGAAAGCCCAGGCUCUGGCGGAUGAGAUCGAGUUCCUGAAGAGCAACCACGAGGAAGAGGUGGCCGAUCUCUUCUCUCAGAUCCAAGCCUCCCAGGUCGGGCUGGAAGUGAAAGAUUUCCUGAAGCCGGACCUGACUGGGGCCCUGAGAGAGAUCCGGGCGCAGCUGGAAGGCUACACCAAUGUCAACCUGCAGCAGGCAGAGCUGUGGUUCCGUUCCAAGGUGGCGAAACUCAACCAAGCUGCAGAAAUGAAUAAUGAGGCCAUCCAGACUACCAGGCAAGAGAUCAAUGAGUACCGCAAGCAGCUCCAAACCAAGAGCAUUGAGCUGGAGACGGUCAGGGGCACCAAAGAAUCCCUGGAAAAGCAGCUCAACGACAUCGAGGAAAGGCACGAUGCAGAAUUAGUCCACUACCAGGAUACCAUUCAACAAUUGGAAAAUGAGCUGAGAAACACCAAGUGGGAGAUGAGUCUCCACCUGAGGGAAUAUGAAGAUUUGCUGAAUGUCAAAAUGGCUUUGGAUGUGGAGAUCGCCUCCUACAGGAAACUGCUUGAAGGUGAAGAGACGAGAUUUGGCUCAAUUACAGGUAGCUACACUCCUCCUUCAUAUGCGUACAGACAAGUACAACCCAUGACACAUUCAGUUUAUGUUACAACAAAGGGCAAGGGCACCCCCACAAAGGCUGCCCCUCAAUACAAAUUUGUGGAAGAAAUUAUAAGUGAAACAACAAAGGAGGUUGACAUAGCUGAGCUGGAAGACACUAUCCAAACAGCUAUCUCUGACGAUGGUUCCGGUGAAAAAUUUGACGAGGAUGACCAAACCAAGCAGGAAGAUGAAGAAGACAAAGAUGAAGCAACAACAGCUGAAGCUUCAGAUGAAGAGGAGGCUGAGAGGGAGAGCGAAACUAAAGAAGAGAGUGCAGAGGAAGAAGCUAUAGAGGGCAAAGAAGCUGAAGAGGAUGGAACAAUGACAACAGAAGAAUCUGAAGAGAAAGAAAGUGCUGAAACAAAAGAAAGUAAUGGAGAAGAGACAACAGAAAUAAAAGGUAAAGAUGAAUCUACAAAAACAAAGGAAACUGAAGGGCAAGAUGCUGCUGAAAAGAAAGAUAAUGUUGAAGAAGAAACUGCAGAUUCUAGAGAAGAGGAAGAGAAUACAGAAGCAAAUGAACCUGAAGAACCAGAAACUACAGAAACAAAAGGCAAGGCUGGGCAGCAAGAAGUUAAAGACAUUGCAGAGGAAAAAGCUCCGGAAAGAAAACAGGGCAAAGAAGACAGCACAGAGAGAAAAGAGUCUGCAACACAAGCAAUAGCAGAAAUGAAAGCAGAUGCUGAACGGGAAAAAACUGCCGGUGCAAAAGAGAAAGCCGAAAAUGAGAAGCAAGCAGCUAUUGAGGAAGAUCAGACUGAACCAAGUGAUGCUACAGACAAAAGAAAUGGUAAGGAAAAGGAGGAAGACCAUGUGACUCAGCAAAAGGAGGAGUCAAAAGGAACAAGCACAAAUCAAAAAGAUAAGCCCCACCCUGUGGCUGAAGAAAUUGCAGAAGAAAGUAAAGAUACAAAGAAACCAGAUAAACCAGAGCUAGAGUCAGAUAAAGUAAAAGAAAAGGCAAAAACAGAUGCAAAAGAAGCUGUUUUUCAGGAAUUAGUAAAAGAAAGUGAAAAACAGACAGUUAAAGUUGAGAAAGUGCAAGCAAGUGAAGUAACAAAGGUGUCAGAAACUGCAGAGCAAACAAAAAAGUCUAUAGAACAACCAAAGGAAGAAAAAGUCAAAGACAAAACAACUGAUGUCCCUAAGAAGGAGGAGAAAGAAACAAGCAAAGACAACACUGUAACAUUGGAAGAAACGCAAACUGACAAAGAUAGCAGCAAAAAGCAGUCUAGCAAGGAAACUGAAGAAAAAAUGGUGAAAGCCUCAGAAGCAGAGAAAGUGCAAGAAAAAGUUGCAAGUGACACUUCUGAAAGCAAGAGCACACAAUCUAUAGACAGAACAGCAGAGGCCAUUAUAAAUGGCUUGGAUAUCAAAAUAGAUAAAGAAGAUAUAGAAGUUGAAACUGACAAGGAAACUACAAAAGUCUCAACACAGAUUGUGCAGAAAAUUGCAGAGGAAACCAUUAAAAGCAAAGAAGAGAUUGUGAAAAUCACAAUGACCAGCACAAUGAAAAAAGAAGUGAUUGAUGAAACAAAAAAGGAAGAAAAAUCCAUGUCAGCUUCAUCAUAUACUCAAAGUGAAGCCAAAGGAAAAACUUGGACAAUUACCAAAGGGCUGUGGAAGAAACUUAAUGCUAAGAAUGCUGAGUUUUUUGAAUGCCCCUCAUGGGAAAUAGAAAUUUACUGUAAAUCUUGUAGCCAUGAACUUGUGUGGAGAAUGUACUCAAUCUCCUCUCGGAGAUCGAGUCGGAAUCUGGGCUCUCAGAUCCCAACAUUCAGCUCCCAGGAGUGGUCCAGAGACACUUCCCACAGACAGGGAGGUCUGGCGGCGAGCCGAGACUCCAGGCUGCGGGGAAAUGCUGGGAUCAGCCUCGGAUAUGACCAAGUGCUGGGCGCCAAUGAGAAGGAGCUGCUGCAGGGGCUGAAUGACCGCUUCGCCAGCUUCAUCGACAAGGUCCGUCAGCUGGAACAAAGCAACAAGGCUCUGGAGGCAGAAAUCACCGAGUUAAGGGCAAGCCAAACCUCCCAGUCUGACCUCGCUAAUGUCUAUGAGCCAGAAAUGACCGAGCUCCGGAACCUCAUCCAAGAAAGUGAGAAGCAGAAGCUGGUUUUCCACUUGGACCGGGAUCACCUGGAGGAAGAUCUCCGCCGGUUGCAGAGGAAAUACGAGGAAGAGAGACAGAUCCGACAAGAGGCUGAAGCCACUCUCCAGGCUUUGAAGAAAGACACAGAGAGUGUGCUCAUGACCAAACUGGAGCUGGAGAAGAAAGCCCAGGCUUUGGCGGAUGAGAUCGAGUUCCUGAAGAGCAACCACGAGGAAGAGGUGGCCGAUCUCUUCUCUCAGAUCCAAGCCUCCCAGGUCGGGGUGGAAAUGAAAGAUUUCCUGAAGCCGGACCUGACUGGGGCCCUGAGAGAGAUCCGGGCGCAGCUGGAAGGCUGCACCAAUGUCAACCUGCAGCAGGCAGAGCAGUGGUUCACAGCGAGAGUGGCCAAGCUCAAUGAUGCUGCAGCCAGCAACAGGGAGACUCUGCAGAAGACACGGCAGGAGAUCAGUGAGUACAAUCGCCAGCUCCAGUCCAAGAACCUGCAGCUGGAGACAGUCAGAGGGAGGAAGGAGUCUUUGGAGAAACAGUUGGAUGAUGUUGGAAGCAGAAACCGUGCUGAAUUAAUGCGGUACCAGGACACCGUUCAACAAUUAGAGAACGAGCUGAGACACACCAAACAGGAGAUGGCUCGUCAACUCAGGGAGUAUCAAGAUCUGCUCAACGUCAAACUGGCUCUAGAUGUGGAGAUCACCUCCUACAGGAAACUCUUGGAAGGUGAGGAGGCAAGAUUUGGUUCAGAUACUGAUCACUUCAGUCUGUUAUCCUCGACAUGCAAGGAACCUCAAAAUAUGACACAAUUGUUUCAUGUCUCAACUAAGACAAAGGCGACCCCUGAGUUCAGGUUUGUAGAAGAGAUUGUAAGUGAGACGGCAAAGGAAAUUGACCUGGCAGAGCUUGAAGAUGCUUAUAUGAAAAUGAAACAUGGCCAACUCUACGAUGAAGGAUUUGAGGAAAAUAAAUCAACGACAGAAGAGGAGGCAGGAGAAAGUGAAGAGGGGUUAUCAGCUCCAGACAUAGGUGUGGGAAGAACCACUGAUACAAAAGACAAGGCAGGAGGAGAAUCAAAAGGACUUAAAGAAACGUCAACCACUGAAGCAAAGGAUGAAGAGAAAGGGGUUGAGGCCAAAGAAGGAGAAGAAGGUACUGAAGCCAAAAAGAAGGAAGAAGUAAAGGAUGUUGUUCAGGCAAAAGAAAAAGCCAGUGAAGGAGAGACUGUUCAGGCAAAAGCAGAAGCUGUGGAAGGAGCAGCUGCUACAGCCAAAGAGGAAGACAUUGGGGAGAAAGGUGUUGAGUCAAAACCAAGUGAAAUGGAAGGAAAAGCUGGUGAGACAAAAGAAGAGGCUGUGGAGGAAGGAACCAUGAAGGCUGGUGGUAAUAAAGAAGCACAACUUCAGGAACAGACAAAAGGCCACGAAGUUUUGAAGACAAAAGAAAAAAAAACGUUCAAUUUCUCUCCAGUAUGGACCGUUCAAAAUAAAUGUCCUGCCCUUCAGGCUGAGAGACCGAAGAGGCUGCUCACUGUUUCGGACAGUCCUGCAGCAGCAGAGAUGAAUUAUACCUGGGAUAUACACGAUGCCUUUUCCCCCAGGAAGCUUCGCUCGGACCCUUCCAGGAAUCUGACCCAGGACAUGGCCUUUCGUACCCCCAGCUGGUCCAGGGGAACUGCCUCUUCUGUCAAGCACAGCAGCCUGUCUGUGAGCCGGGGCUACAGCUCCCCAGCUCUCAGAUCCUCAGACAGUGUGCAGUACUACACGUCCGGCGUUUUCAAUGGCGAGACUAAAGCCAAUGAGAAGGAGCUGCUGCAGGGGCUGAAUGACCGCUUCGCCAGCUUCAUCGACAAGGUCCGUCAGCUUGAACAAAGCAACAAGGCUCUGGAGGCAGAAAUCACCGAGUUAAGGGCAAGCCAAACCUCCCAGUCUGACCUCGCUAAUGUCUAUGAGCCAGAAAUGACCGAGCUCCGGAACCUCAUCCAAGAAAGUGAGAAGCAGAAGCUGGGUUUCCACUUGGACCGGGAUCACCUGGAGGAAGAUCUCCGCCGGUUGCAGAGGAAAUACGAGGAAGAGAGACAGAUCCGACAAGAGGCUGAAGCCACUCUCCAGGCUUUGAAGAAAGACACAGAGAGUGUGCUCAUGACCAAACUGGAGCUGGAGAAGAAAGCCCAGGCUUUGGCGGAUGAGAUCGAGUUCCUGAAGAGCAACCACGAGGAAGAGGUGGCCGAUCUCUUCUCUCAGAUCCAAGCCUCCCAGGUCGGGGUGGAAAUGAAAGAUUUCCUGAAGCCGGACCUGACUGGGGCCCUGAGAGAGAUCCGGGCGCAGCUGGAAGGCUGCACCAAUGUCAACCUGCAGCAGGCAGAGCAGUGGUUCACAGCGAGAGUGGCCAAGCUCAAUGAUGCUGCAGCCAGCAACAGGGAGACUCUGCAGAAGACACGGCAGGAGAUCAGUGAGUACAAUCGCCAGCUCCAGUCCAAGAACCUGCAGCUGGAGACAGUCAGAGGGAGGAAGGAGUCUUUGGAGAAACAGUUGGAUGAUGUUGGAAGCAGAAACCGUGCUGAAUUAAUGCGGUACCAGGACACCGUUCAACAAUUAGAGAACGAGCUGAGACACACCAAACAGGAGAUGGCUCGUCAACUCAGGGAGUAUCAAGAUCUGCUGAACGUCAAACUGGCUCUAGAUGUGGAGAUCACCUCCUACAGGAAACUCCUUGAAGGUGAAGAAACAAGAUUUGGUGGCUUUGAUUCCCUGUCACUUUCAUACAAACCACAGCCUUUAGUAAGUGCAACCUCUGUGAUAACUGAGACCAAAGCCAUCCCUACAAAGGUGAUGCCUCAGUAUAGGUUUGUAGAAGAAAUUAUCAGUGCAACGACAAAGGAAGUUGAUAUGGCAGAGCUGGAAGCUCCUGAAAAGGAAGAAGAGGCUGUAGAGAAAGAAGAGGCUGAGGAAGAGGAGAAAGCAGAAGAGGAAGAGGCUGCUGAAUCCCAAGAGGCGGAAGAGGAGAAGGAGGAAGAGAAGGUAGAAGAAGAGAAGGAGGAAGAAGAGAAAGCUGAAGAGGAGGAGGCUGCUGAACCUCAAGAGGUGGAAGAGGGAAAGGCAGAGGAGGAGAAAGUGGAAGAGGAGAAGGUAGAAGAGAAAGCUGAAGAGGAGGCUGCUGAACCUCAAGAGGCAGAAGAGGAGAUGGAGGAAGAGAAGGUGGAAGAGGAGGAGAAGGUGGAAGAGGAGAAAGCAGAGAAAAAGGAAGAAGAGAAAGCUGAGGAGGAGGGAGCUGUUGAACCUGAAGAGGAGAAGAAGGAAGAGGAAAAGGAGAAGGAAACUGCUGAGUCACAAGAGGCUGAAGAGAAGGCAGUUCCUGAAUCAGAGGAAAAAGAUGAAGAGAAGGAUGUUCCUAAAUUAGAAAAGGAGAAGGAUGAAGAAAAGAAAGAGAAGGAUGAAGAGAAGGAGGUUCCUAAAUCCGAAGAGGCUGAAAAGGAUGAAGAGAAGGUGGAACAACAAAAGACUAAGGAAGAAAAGGCUGGAGAAAAAGAAACUGUCCAACCUCAAGAGGCUGAAGAGAAAAAGGAUAAAGAGGUCAAAAAAGCUGAAUCACAAGAAGCUGAAGGGAAACCAGUUGUAGAAAAGGAAAAGGCUGAAGAGAAGGAAGUUCCUAAAUCAGAAGAGGCUGCCGAAAAGAAAGCAGCUGAACCAAAGGGGACUUCUGAGGAGAAGGCUGCUGAUGCAAAGGUAGAGGAUAAGAAACAAGAUGUGGCCGAGGGAAAAGAAAAGGGGGAAGAGUUAAAAACCACUGGGACAAAAAAGGUUGAAAAGGAAGUUGCUGAGAAAACAAAAACUGGCACUGCAGAGAAGGAGCCAAAAUAAAGGAAAAGGAAAGUUAAGAAAGUGAACUUCAACCAGCAGCGAAAGCCGAGCCGUAAAGAUAAUCAGCUAUUGGCUAAGCAAGAGAAAGGCUAGCUGCAAAUAUUGCCAAAUGUCGAAUAAGAAUAAUUAUUGAACGGUAUAAUGAGAAAUGCAUGUUAAUGGUCCACAAGGUCAGUGACUUCAGCAGUCUGAGAGAUUAAUGAUAAAAGUAUCUGUUUACAAAAUAGAAAAUGAGAUAUUCUCAGGGCAAUAAUUUGUUGCUGCAUGUACAAUUGCACUAUUAAAUAUUGCAGGCAUAAACAAACAGCAUAUGUUUGACUGUGAACUGAAAUAUCCCAAGAUUCAAUGUAUAUAAUACAUGCUAAUAAAAUAAACUUCAAUCCAAUAUUUUGCUCACUGGUUAAUUUUG